CCUAGUUACCGUGCCAGAGUUCGCCCUGCCGGAAAGCAGCCCGCCCCCGCGCUGCGGCCUUUUGCGACGGCGGUGGUGACAGGACCCGGGGGGCGUCCGGCUUCCUCUCCGCGCUGCCGGGAGAGAACGGGCGCGAUGUUCGGUGCGGGGGACGAGGACGACACUGACUUCCUGUCGCCCAGCGGCGGUACUAGAUUGGCUUCACUUUUUGGACUGGACCAAGCAGCUACUGGCCAUAGCAAUGAAUUCUUCCAGUACACAGCCCCGAAACAGCCUAAGAAAGGCCAAGGAACAACAACAACAGCAACAACAUCAGGAAAUCAGGCACCACCCAAAGCAGCCCCAACCGCCACUGGCACUUCCACAGUUCUGGGUGCAACAGCAGUGCAUGCCUACCGAUACACUAAUGGUCAGUAUGUAAAGCAGGGGAAAUUUGGUGCUGCAGUCCUGGCAAACCACGCGGCCAAAGAGUAUAGGAUUCUUCUUUACAUCAGUCAGCAGCAGCCAGUCACUGUUGCCAGGAUUCAUCUGAAUUUUGAACUAACGGUUCGGCCCAAUAACUACAGCACCUUUUAUGAUGACCAGAGACAAAACUGGUCCAUCAGGUUUGAGUCUGAAAAAGCUGCCGUGGAGUUCCUCAAACAGGUGUGCAUUGCCAAGUGUAACAGCACCUCUUCCUUGGAUUCAGUGUUGUCACAGGACCUAGUCGUGGCGGAAGGCCCUGCCAUAGAAAUUGGAGAUUCUUUGGAAGUGGCCUACACUGGCUGGUUCUUUCAAAAUCAUGUGUUGGGCCAGGUUUUUGACUCUACUGCUAACAAAGAGAAGCUGCUUCGAUUAAAAUUAGGAUCAGGAAAAGUCAUCAAGGGCUGGGAAGAUGGAAUGCUGGGCAUGACCAAGGGAGGCAAGCGAUUGCUUUUCAUUCCUCCAGCUUGUGCAGCUGGCUCUGAAGGGAUGAUAGGCUGGACUCAGUCAACGGACAUCCUCGUGUUCGAGGUGGAAGUCAAACGGGUGAAGUUUGCCAGAGAUUCCGGCUCGGAUGGGCACAGCGUUAGUUCCCGGGAUUCUGCAGCCCCUUCUCCCGUGCCUGGUGUUGACAGCCUUUCUUCUGAUCCUGCUGUGUCUAUAUCCACAUCAGUGCCUUUCAAAGCAGGGGAGCCGGCUCUUCGUACCAAAUCUAACUCCCUAAGUGAACAGCUUUCAGUCAAUGCAGUAAGUAGUUCUGAUACAGUCAAGGCCAAGUUGAUCUCUCGAAUGGCUAAAAUGGGCCAGCCCAUGCUGCCCAUCCUUCCACCACAGCUGGAUUCCAAUGAUUCAGAAAUUGAAGAGAUGAAUGCUGUGCGAGGAGCUGGACAGCCCAUGGUGACUCCAUCAUCCAUCCAUCCCACUCCUCAGCCAGCCCAUCCAGUGUUACCACAGAUGACCUCACAGGCACCCCAGUCAUCUGUUUCUGGGCUCCAUGCACCCUCUGCUGCCUUAAUGCAAGUUGCACCUCUUGAUUCCCACUCAGCCGUACCUGGAAAUGCCCAGUCCUUUCAGCCCUAUUCAGGAAUGCAGGGCUACGCAUAUCCCCCAGCAGCUGCCGUGUCCUCACAGCUACAGCCUGUUCGACCCUUGUACCCAGCGCCACUCUCACAGGCUCCCCAUUUUCAAGGAUCAGGUGACGUGGCUACAUUCCUUAUGACAGAAGCCCGGCAGCAUAACACUGAAAUCCGAAUGGCAGUCAGCAAAGUAGCUGAUAAAGUGGAUCAUCUCAUGACUAAGGUUGAGGAACUAGAGAAACAUGGUCCUGCCAAUUCAAUGCUUCUUCCGAGCAUGUCAGUUACAAUGGAAACAAGCAUGAUCAUGAGCAACAUUCAGCGGAUCAUUCAGGAAAAUGAAAGACUGAAGCAAGAGAUCCUUGAAAAGAGCAGUCGAAUAGAAGAACAAAAUGACAAGAUUAGUGAACUGAUUGAACGAAAUCAGAGGUAUGUUGAGCAGAGUAACCUGAUGUUGGAGAAGAGGAACAACUCACUUCAAACAGCCACAGAAAAUACACAGGCAAGAGUAUUGCAUGCUGAACAGGAGAAGGCCAAGGUGACAGAGGAGUUGGCAGCAGCGACCGCACAGAUCUCUCAGCUGCAGCUGAAAAUGACUGCUCACCAAAAGAAGGAAAUGGAACUGCAGAUGCAGCUGACAGAAAGCUUGAAGGAUGCAGAUGUUCUCAGGUGCCAGCUUGCCAAAGCACAGGCAGAGCUCUCAGAGCUCCAGGACACUUCUGAACAAGCCCAGACCAAAUUCAAAAGUGAAAAGCAGAGCCGGAAGCAACUGGAGCUCAAGGUGACAUCCUUGGAGGAGGAGCUGGCUGACCUUCGAGCUGAGAAGGAGUCUCUGGAAAAGAACCUCUCAGAAAGGAAAAAGAAGUCAGCUCAAGAGCGUUGUCAGGCUGAGGAGGAGAUAGAUGAAAUGCGCAGGUCAUACCAGGAGGAGUUGGACAAGCUUCGACAGCUCUUGAAAAAGGCUCGCAUCUCCACAGACCAGGCUGCUGCAGAGCAGCUGUCUGUAGUGCAGGCCGAGCUCCAGACCCAAUGGGAAGCAAAAUGUGAGCAUCUGUUGGCCUCAGCCAAGGAUGAGCACCUGCAGCAGUACCAGGAGGUGUGUGCACAGAGAGAUGCCAACCAACAGAAACUGACACAGCUUCAGGAAAAGUGUCUGGCCCUCCAGGCCCAAGUUGCAGCCCUCACCCAACAAAAGGAGCAGCACAUCGAGGAACUGCAGAAGAACAAGUCCCAGCUCUCUGGGGAUAAAGCUGCUGCUAACCCCUCAGAAAAGGUCAAGAAGAUCAUGAACCAGGUAUUCCAGUCUUUGCGGGGAGAGUUUGAGCUGGAGGAAUCUUACGAUGGCAGGACCAUCUUGGGGACCAUCAUGAAUACGAUUAAGAUGGUGACACUUCAGCUGCUAAAUGAACAAGAGCAAGAGAAGGAGGAGAGCAGCAGUGAAGAAGAACAGGAGCUGCCACCUCCGGGACUCUGCCAGGAGCAGUUGGGCUUACCCAGUUCUGCGCCGUCUCCAGCACCACCGCACAGGGAGAGGCCGGAGUCCCCCAGGGGGCCGUCAGAGCAGGUGCAGCAGGAGGCUGACUCGUUGCUGCCUCAGGACUCCCCCACUGCCCAGAAUGAUGGACAGGAAUGGAAAGGGGAGAUCUCAGAGGUGAAAGAUGGCUCCCCUGCUCCUGAACAGUCCUGCGUCCCAUCCCACAGAGUCCCUGGGCCUCCAACUUCUAUUCCACCUCAGCCUCCAAGUCACGUGAUUAUGGACUGUGAAAGUGAGGGGACCCCAGCCGCCAGCCCUGUGGCAGCAAAACCUGAGAGCUCGCUGGGAAAAGUCCACACUGGGGAAGUAACCUCAGAUGGCCCAUUGUCAGACAGCCCCACGAGAUUACCCCUGACAACCGACCCCAAAAUGGCAGACCCACUGACCUCAGGAUCUGAAAGCGCAGAAGGCAGGCCGCAGCCUCCAGGUUCCAGUGAAGGAGAGGAUGUUUCCAUCUGUACUGGUUCCUCAGAGGAGCCGACAAGCACAGAGGCAGGUUCUGCAGGUGCAGCCCUCGGGCCCAGCCCUUGUUCUCGGCAUUCCAGCCUCUCUGGGGAUGAAGAGGAUGAACUGUUUAAAGGAGCAACUCUGAAAGUUGCGAGACCUAAAGCACAGCCUGAAGAGGAGGAUGAAGAUGAGGUGAGCAUGAAGGGACGCCCACCCCCAACACCUCUUUUUGGAGAUGACGAUGAUGACGAUGACAUUGACUGGUUGGGAUGAAGACCCAGAAAACAUGCAGAUGUUUCUCUACGGACCCUUCCCCAAGCAUGAUUUUGCACAGCCAUCCUUGGGUGUAGGUGAACCACAGGGUGAGGUUAAGGUGAGCAUUCGGAGGACAAUAGUUAAAGUAAAGGAUCUGAGCAGCCAUGUUUCAAGCCCCUGCCUGACCCUGUGAAGAGCAGCAGCAGGACCCUGUCUUCAGAAGCAGCAUUUCCUGUGGCCCAUGGUGGCUCUACCUCUGAGGCCGCACUGGAGAAGGGCUCAGAGGUAGAGCCCCAACAAGCCAAUCUACUGCAGGAGUCCUGCCCUCUUCCAAGCUUUGUCUGUGUGUGUGUGUCUUCUUCAAUGGUUUUCAGUUGGCCUGAGAACCCUCCUCCAUCCACAUCCAGGGCUCAGCUGUGUCCCAGCAGCAAGAUCUGUCACCUGGGGCACAUUUUCUUGGGGACAACCACGAAGAUAUUAUCUCAGCCCCUGUUAACAUGUUUGUUUCUAGUCCUGGAAUGUGUUAUCUUUUCCUUUGCCUUAAAUCUGAUACAAGAGGUCAGUGCAUAUUUGAGACUAAUAAAACUAAAAUACACAUCUCUUGUAAAACUUGA